UGCUUCAGAGAAUAAAUUCACACUACACUAAAGGUGGAAUACAUUAAACCUGGUGUUAUUUCUCAAAGAUAUAUACCUACCUACUAACUCAAUCAGUCAACAGGUAAAAUGUAGAGUUGUAUCAAAAUAUAACACUCCUGCCGCUUUGUUUCAACUGAUCAUCACGCCUUAGCAACAUCGUGCUGCAAAAACAGGAACCGAAUUUCCUAAGUCAAAGCACUAAAAUCAUAAAUCUAUAGUACUUCAAAUAUCGUAGGAAUUUCUACAUCCAAACACCCUGCAGCAAUGGUCGACAAAUCCCAAAUAAUCAUCCGCUCUCCCCUCAAAUACAACCAUCCUUCACCAACCUUCACCACGCCACCUCUCGAAUGGCUCCAGCACACCUGGUCCGUCACGCAUUCCACGCUCCCCAUGUGGAAAAAAGCAAAAAAUGUACGCAUAACUUAUAAAAUUAUACCAGCUACCUCUCCUCAUGCAGCUCCACUUCUCGAUGAUGAAGUAACCUCCACGCCUAUAUCUAGAACCUGGUUGCCGCAACCGAAAAGUAUACAGGGUAUUGAUACGCCGGAUGGAGAUGGAGCGUGGAAUUGGAGAGGGAAGGGAUGGUUGAAGAUUGCGAGUAGUCAUUGGGAGGUAUUGGGAUGGGGAGAGAGGGAGAUUACGGAGGGGUUGGAGAUGGGUAAGAAGGAGAGGUGGGUUGUUACUUGGUUUGCGCCGAGUUUGUUUACACCACAGGGGCUGGAUAUCUAUAGUAGCAGGCAGGAGGGAUUAUCAGAGGGGACGUACAAGGAGGUCAAGCUGGCGUUGGAGAGGAUGGAAGCGGCUGAGUUAGGAGAACUGGUCAAGAAGGAUAUGUUUGAGGUUAAGAUUGAGCAUUAGGGGUAUAAUUAGGCUGCAAAUUGUAAUACUAAAUAAUAAAUCCGCUAAUCUCUAUUGUGAUGAUGAU